UAUGCCCACAGCCGACUAGAGACUACUUGCCAUUAAAGACGGCUGGCGGUGGAAGCAUCGGUGACCCGUUUCCAGAAUCUACUGUUCGGUUUUCUUGCCAACACAAAUUUGGAUCAACUUGGUAGAGAAACGAGAGGAAACCCCCAAAUCUUUUCCUAAAUGGUGGAGGACUGAUCUGAACCUCAUUCGUCCAACCCUCCUGCCAGUUGUGAGCCUUGUUGGCAUCUUCUCUAACAAGAAAAACUGUGGGAAAGUGGCCACUCUUGGAGCCCUUAUUUGACCACCAUCUUAAACACAAUUGAAGCGUUAAUACUGUCUUGAGGAAGUACGCAACCAAACAUUUCCUGGAUACUUCUGUGUGACAACAUGGCAAAAAAAAACAGCCCAAAGGAUACGUCAGGGGUGGUGUUUGACACACGCUCAAAAAUGGCCAUGUCCCAGGGAGGAACAGCUGAUAGGAUGAAAGAGAAGAUCAGUGCCGUCAGGGCAGUUGUGCCCAACAAAAGUAACAACGAGAUUGUGCUGGUGUUGCAGCAUUUCGAAAACUGUGUUGACAAGGCCGUUCAAGCUUUCUUAGAAGGCAGUGCAGUUGAGAUCCUGAAGGAGUGGAAUGUCACCGGCAAAAAGAAGCCCAAGAAGAAAAAGAAGCCCAAGCCUCAGCCAGAAGCUUCAGCCGAGCCUGCUCCACCUGAGGCCACGUCGCCUGAGGAGGGCAAGGAUGAGGUCAACGGCUUUCAUGCCAACGGAUCAGUAAUGGACGUAGAGUCACUUGAUUCUCUGAGUGAACAGCUGGACUCUGCCUCCCUGGAUGCAGCCGAGCUGGACUCUGAACCUGCUACAUCCGAAACCACCGGUGCAGAAGCAGAAAGUCAAGGUAGUGUUCCAAGUCCCCCCUUACAGCAAGGAGGGAGGAAUCACCAGGGUCCCAGAGGCAACAAGAACCGGCACAGGCCAGGCUCCAAUUCACAUUCACUCACUUCCUCAUUUCCACCCAACACUGAUGAGCACGGAUCAUCAGGAGUCAAGAAGAUGGCUCCCAACAUUGACCGCUCUGUGAAGGACCUGCAGAGAUGCACCGCCUCACUGACUCGCUACAGGAUAGUGGUCAAGGAGGAGAUGGACUCCUCAAUCAAGAGGAUGAAGCAGACGUUCGCUGAGCUCCAGAGCUCUUUAAUGGACCGAGAAGUGACUCUACUGGGAGAGAUGGACAAAGUGAAAGCCGAGGCCAUGGGGAUUUUGGACUCCCGGCAGAAGAGAGCAGAGGAGCUCCGGCGGCUGACCGACCAGUCAGCAUCCAUGUCUGAGGAACAGUUGACUGAACUGCGUGCGGACAUCAAGCACUUUGUGAGUGAGCGUAAAUAUGACGAGGACCUUGGGAAAGCUGUAAGAUUUACAUUUGAUCUUGAACCGCUGAAGGCGAGCAUAUUAGGGUUUGGAUCAGUUUACCAUCCGCAUACUGGCUACUCCCACCGGUCCCGCUGUAGCUCCACGUCCUCUUCUGUCGCCAGCCCGAGCCAGCUGGAAACGCCUCCUCCCACCCAGACCCAAAGCACCCCCAGUGAACACCGCCCUCCACCAAACAAACAGAUUUUCCAAGGCAACAGGCGUACUUUCCAGGGACAAGGGUAUCAUUCGGGUGCUCAGAGGUAUAACGGCGCUUCCUACCACGACCGGAACGCCGCUCGUGCUAACCACCGCUACCAGAGUGACAGUGGCUCUUCUGGUCCUUCGCAGCACUCCCACAGCUCCAGAGGUCCAAACCAUUUCUCCACGUCCUACAACCCAGACCGACCCGCUCAUAACGGGCUGCCCCAAAGGCCUCCGCGGACGCAAUGCCCCUGACAUUGGAAACCCCGUGCUUAAUCAAACCCAUCUACUAACCCUUGCACUCGUCUCCCCAUAGCCUCCCCCUUGCCCUCUUCCACACUCUUCCCCUCUACUAACUCCUUUCAAUGAAGAAUAGAAUACAAGUUUACAUAUUUCUGUCAGUUGAGCUGUAGUGCCACCUCUCUACAUCAAACUUGAAACGCUUUCACUGUCCUGUAAUCGCUCGCCCUUUUUGCAUUUCUUCCAUCCUGGUUAAGGUAACCGCUUCUAUCUUUAGGCUCCCUUUGAGAGAUCUCGUUGCUAUGCUGUUGCCAGUCUCUGUUAUUAUUUUCUACAUUUAAGCUGUCUGCCAGAGACCGCCAUGAUUACCUGCAACAUUUUGUGCACUAUUGAAGUUGAGCUCUUAGUUCUAUUUUUACGGUGGCUUAUGUCAGUUUUCUGAUUUGCACGUCAGAUCUAUUUUUUAUUUCUUUCUCGUCUCCCAGAACCAUUUCAAUGCCUUCACCGUGGAAAGCGUAGUGUACGUGCUAGUGCUGUAGUUCUAGCAUUUACAGAGAUUUUUGUCAUCAUGAGAGUAGACCUGCAAUCAACACUACAGACUAUCAUUAAUCUUUACAAUGUAAAAAAAAAAAAAUGAAGCAUAUCAAACUGUAAUCCAGAGCUUUUCGUAUGGCUGCUACAAACCAUAGGGAACUUGUUAACACUAGGACUUAGAUGUGUAUGAGAGUAACUCUGUGAACAGAGAGGUUGCCG